GAUUUUUUUGUUUCUGACAGAUUUUUUUGAUUUUUUUAAAAAAAUCAUGAUUUUUUUGAUUUUUUUUGAUUUUUUUUGGUUUUUUUGAUUUUUUUUUGAUUUUUUUGAUUAUUUUUUUGAUUUAUUGAUUUUUUUCGACUUUUUUUCUGUAUUCUUAAGAUAUCGUUUAGCAUAAUGAUAGACUUUUGUUUUGACAAACAAUCUUUAACAAAAAUAUCAAUUUUCUUUUCAAAUCAAAUCAAGUAUGCCUUGAUUUAAUGCCCAGGUUUAAAAAUUUGAUCGAAAUUUUGUUCUUUUCAUGAAUGUAUAUAUGUACAUAUGUAUCUGCAUUGCAUUCUCGAAUAUUUAAAUUUUCAAAUUCAAAUCAAGUAUGCCAUGAUUUUUUGCCCGGAUUUGAAAAUUUGGUGUUUCUUUUACUUAUUAUUUGGGAUUCACCGCAUUCAUAAUUUGUUAUCUUUCGCUGGUUGAAACGCAUCUGAAAACUUUAAAUACAAAACAUUCUUAAUUCUGUAAUUUUGAUAAAAUGACUGGCCGCAAAAAAGAUCCAAUUUGGACACACUACAAUGAGAUUCAUGAUGUGAAUAAAAAAGGGUCAAGAGCUGUUUGCAAAGCAUGCAACAAGGAGAUCCAAGGAAUUCCGCAGCGAUUGAAAGAACACUUUAAAUCGUGUUGUGCACAUGUACAGAGUCCUGGUUCCUCAAUCCUUUUUACAGCUACCACCACCGGCAACCAAGCAGCUGAUCUUUCGAUUCCACAUGCAGCUAGUUCUUCAGAACCCAGUACCAGCGCAAGCGGGACAGAACAUUUGUUAUCUCCUCCGAUCGCCAAAAAAAGCAGAGUACAACCGAUGACAAAUUUUCUGGUAAGAACAUCUGAAGAUCUGAAGAAGCAAUUAGAUCACCAAAUUGCAAGAGCUGUGUAUGCUACAAACAGCAGUUUCCGAUGUGUCGAGCAUCCUCAGGUGAAGAGAACAAUUGAAAUGCUCCGACCGGGUUAUCAGCCACCGUCAAGGUUUGAUUUGGGAAACACACUGCUUGAAGAAAUAUAUAACGAAGAAAAGGAAAAAUGUUUUUCUUCCGUGAAGGACCAGACGGUUAAUUUGUCGAUAGAUGGUUGGUCUAACGUUCAUAUGGAACCCAUAAUUUGCGGAUGUGUAACGACUGAGACUGGAGAGGUGUACUUACUGGAAAGCAUCGACACGUCCGGGAAACCCCACACAGCUGAUUAUCUUCAGGAAAUAUCGAAAAAUCUCAUAUUAAAAUGCAAGACGCAGUAUAAAUGUAGAGUAGCAAGUUUUGUUACCGACAACGCCUCCGCCAUGACCCGAAUGCGAUUGGAUUUGAGAUCUGACGAUGACAAUGACGGCAUUUUAACAUAUGGUUGUGCUGCUCAUAUUCUAAAUUUACUGUCAAAAGAUUUGGACAUUAGAGAGGUGCGAGAGCAUGUCGUGCAAGUCGUUAAAUAUUUUCGCAACAACCAUGAAGCGGCCGCAAAAUAUAAAGCAGAGGGUGGUAGAUCCCUAAUCAUCCCACACGAAGUACGGUGGAACACCCUAGCGGAUUGUUUUCAAACAUAUUUGUCUGAAUGGCAAACAAUUUUGAAGGUAUGUGAAGAAAACAGAAAUAUUAUAGCUAGUGCCAUUUACCAAAAAGUUACAAACAUGAUGCUUAAAAGGUCGAUCGAAGAUCUGUUGAAAAUCUACAAACCAAUUGCAGUAGCUUUAGAUUCCUUACAACGAACGAAUGCCUCGUUAUCAGAUGCAGUUGAAGUCUUCAAGCAGCUGGAGUUGACGUUUGAAGAACAAGAUGCCAAUCUUAACCAGAUAUCAGCGCUGAAAAAAAGAUAUAAAAUGGCCUUAACUCCUGCUCAUUUUUUAUCUUAUAUGCUGGAUCCAACAAAAACAAGCUUCGCAUUGACAUCUGAAGAAGAGAACACAGCCCUCGAAUAUGCCCAAAGCGAAUACGCGGGAACAGGCCUCCUUCCUCUGAUAAUUAAAUUCAAGUCAAAGACCGAUCCAUUCAAAAAAGUGUUAUUUUCAGAGGAAGUUUUAAGGAAUGUAAAACCACUACAGUGGUGGAGGUCUCAGUUGGGUUCAAAUGAUGAGCAUGGCGAACUUAUGCCAAUCUUUAACCAAUUGUUUACGGCUGUGGCAUCCUCUGCGUCCGUGGAAAGAAUAUUUUCAACUUUUGGCUUAGUCCAGUCUAAGCUACGAAACAGGCUGGGAAACGAAAAGGCAGCAAAAUUGGUGUUUCUUUUUAAAUAUUAUAACAAUGAACAAAAAAUGAAUACUUAAUUUUAAUUUGCUGUGAAGAGUGCAUUUACAUUUUUGUAUGAUUUCUUAAGGUUCCUAAUAAAAUAAUUUGAUGAUAAAAAGUUGCGAUUAACAAAGUUUUUCUUUUUAAUGAUUCUGUUUCAAUUUUUUUCAUAAAAAUCAAUUUUGAUUUAAAUCAUGAUUUUUUUCAAAAAAAUCAUUUGAUUUAAAUCAUGAUUUAAAUCAUGAUUUAAAUCAAUUGAU